AAAGGGGGUCAAUUAUUUUUAUACUCUGUUGACAGUUCUCCAAGAUGGCCCUGCGUCACACCAAUUCGUCUGUCUACUGGCGAGAGGCUACACUCCCCGGCCAAUGAUUCAAUAACUUGGAGAAGUAACCAGAAAAAAACGUAAUAAUGGAUGCUGCAUAUCAUUGUAGUUUGGCGAAGAAGAGGAAGACAAUAAAUAAUCCUGGUUGUGUCCUCUGUACCUCAUCAUCGUCUGAAAAACUAGUAUCUUAUCCAUCUAGUGAUACUUACAAGAAACUUGUGAAUUGCAUAGCUGAAAGACAAUUUUAUGGUGAUGAGCAACGCGAAAAUCUAGUAAACCAGUUUGAUGAUGAUUUUAGUGUUGAUUCUAUGAGAACACAAAAGAUUGCAUGGCAUAGGUCGUAUUAUCAACGUAUAGCCCAUAAAAAGCAUAUUGGACUUUUAAGAAAGAAAUACGAGGAAAGAUUAAAUGAGCCAUUGCAAGAGGCAUGUGCGUCAACCUCUGAAAGUUUUUCUAUCAAAUUAACAAGAUCUCAAACUAAGAACUAUAUAAAAGAACAGUGUUUUUUUUUGUGACAAGCCAGGUUCUAGAAGACUUAAAUUAAGAAAAGUGUCGACUAAUACUGCUGGGAAAAACUUGUGCCAUGCUGUUGAACUAAAUAAUGAUGACAUUUUACGAGUACGGCUUAGCGAAGCUGUAGACCCAAAUGACGCUCAUGCAAUUGACGUGAUGUACCACCCAAAAUGCUGGGCAAAAAAUGUCACUAACAUCCUUCGACCGAAGAAUACGAACACAAAUCAACAGAUUAAGGAUGUUGCUUCAAUGGCAGCAUGUGUAGAGUUUAUAAAUAUAUUGGAGCAGGAAGUGUCUUCAGGAAAAAUAUUUGGAAUGGAUGUCCUGGAAGAAACGUAUUUAAAUAUUUGUUCUUCAAACAAUGUACAGCGUAAUGCUAUGACAUGCAAACAACUUAAAGUUUUCAUUGAAACAGAACUAUCAGACAAAGACAUUGAAUUCUCUCGUCCAAACCAGGCUAACAAGCCGCAAAGAGUUUUAAUGAAAUGUACUAGAGACAAACAUAUUGCUGAAGCGGAAAGUUGUGGCGAUGAAAUGAUGAGAGAAUUGAAUGUAUUGCUUGAAUCUGCAAGCAUUAUAAGAAAACACAUUUUUAAAGCAAAAUCAUGGAUAUUUGAUGGGGUUAUUCCAGAAAGUUUCACAGAAAUUGUUCCACAAGAAAUUAAAAUGUUCUUUAAAUGGUGUAUCGCAGGGAAAAAUACCAUUAAUGAAAAUAAAAUAACAAAGAAAGAAGAUGUACAGAGAUGAGCAAUCAAUAUGUCACAGACGCUCAUGUCAAAUUGUCUUUCUCGAAGACAAGUAGAAAACAAAACAUCUUUAAGUUUCCAUCACAGUCGAUAACUACCUCUUCAGGUGGCUUGUGGCUUAACUAUUCAUAAAACAACACGAAGUCAGUCUUUGAUCAAACUCAUGUACGUAUAACAUUGGUUGCAGUAUUGAUUACUCAAGAGUCCUGAGAAUUGAAACAGAUAUUGCAAGAAGUGUGGUUAAUAGGAUUAUUAGCAAUGAUGGCGUAUACAUACCACCAGACUUGGUUACUGACAGGUUUAUACAUUGUGCUAUGGACAAUAUUGACUUUUGUGAAAACACCAUUGAUGGAAGAAAGACAUUUCAUGGGACAGCUGUAACUGUUUACCAAGAUGUAAAAGAGUCUGAUCGGCAUGCUCCAAUAUCAUUGGCCUCAUCAAAUAAUUUGCCAUUACCAAAUCUUGAAGAUGCCUUACCAAAAAUACUGUAUUGUACAAAACCUACGAACUGGAAGACAUGUUGUCCAGAACCAGUCGUUUCCAACAUUGUCCAACAAUAUGGUGAAUUACUUAAAAAAGCAAUAUGUUUUGACAGUGUUUGGUUCCUGUUACGAAGAUCCAUAUUGAAUGGUAAUGAUAUAUCUAUAUACUCUCCCACAUGGAUAUGGUAUAACAGCUAUUUAGGAGAUGUGAAAUGUGUUUCCAGAGUUUCAUUGCUGCCAGUAAUUCCAGAGCCUCCAACCAAUAGUUAUGUUCAGUUAACAGUUAUGAGGCAGCUUGAAAAACUAAACGAAUAUGUGAAUAAAACGACAAAGUCGUUGUUACUGCUGACAAGGCAAUUUAUAAACCUUUAAAGCAGUUUGAAAUGGCAAAAGAAGAUUGCAAGGGCAAAUGGAUAUUGAAGCCUGGAGAACUGCACAUAAUCAUAGCUCAACUUAGAACAAUUGGUGAGUUUGUAUGUGUAAGUGGAAUACCAGAGCUGUGGGUGGAAUGUGAUUUGUACUCCUCAGUGACUAUGAAACAAAUACUGGAGGGAAGACACGUAAGGAGAGCUAUUGAAGCCCAUUUAACAACUGCAACCACAUUAAAUAUUCUUCUUCUAGAAGAAUUUGACAAAGAACGACCGGGAAAAAUUGCAUUGUUACAGCCUCUACUGGAUGAACUGGCAGUAAGUUUACAAUCUCACAAUGAAACCAAUAUUAAACAAAAACAUGAUGCGGUAAUGUCUUUCAUUAAAGAAAAUAGGAUACUUGAAGAAAUUAAAAGAUUUGUGAGUUCUAGGAAAUCAGCGGAACCGGUCUUCAAGAUGGCAUGUUCAUAUAUGGAUAUGGUACAGUCUAUGUUGUGCUUUAUCAGAUCUGUUAGAACAUCUGAUUGGAAUCUCAGCCUGGCUGCUCUUCAUGACUUUCUGAAAUAUUUCUUUGCUCUAAAUAUACUAAAUUAUGCAAGGAUGAUUUCACUUUAUCUUGCUGAGAUGGAUGGAUUACAAUCAACAGAUCCAGAUAUAUGGAAAAACUUCAUAGAGGGAAAAUGGGUUGUCAAUCUUAAUGUUGUACCCUUCUGUGCCCUAGGUGCAGAUGGAGCUUUAGAGCACCAAAACUGUAAAUUGAAAGUGUAAGGAGGACUGGUAGGUAUAACACAAAAUGAAAAUGCCAGAAAUAGUUUCUUCCUUGUAAAUCCCGAACUGAACAGAAUUUCAAAUGAGACAGAAAUUUUGCUUGGGAUGAAAACUGGUGGACAGACAAAACACCACGGGCUUCUAGAUACUGCCCAAAAACGCCAGGAUCGCAAUGAAUUGAAACUCAAAGAUGCAUAUAUAAAUUCUACCAACCCUUUUCAGUGUAAAAACCAACAACUUACCCACAGUCUUACUCAAAGAGUGUUCCCGGAAGAUGUGCAAGAUUUUGUAAGUAACAUAGAAGAAGUGGGUCAAAAGUUAGAGGAAUCUUUUAUGGCAGAGCGUGCAAAUAGCAACAAAACAGAAUUUUGGCCUCCAAUGAAGAAAUAUCCCACAAAAACUUGUAAAGCAUCAGCGAAAAAGGUUAAAGUUGUCCUUAAAGACAAAAUAGUAUCUAUGAAAACAGAUAUCUCACUUAUGUCUAUGCUAUUGAUAGCAUCUCGAAGCAGAGAUGAUAUUGACAUAAAGUUCAAUCUGAGCAACUACGAAUUUUCACCCCUCCCAAAAUCAUUGUUUGCUUGUGAUGGGAAAAUGCAUCAUUGUUCCAACAAAUCAAAUCUUGCAGCGAUUUUGGAGUCAUUGCCCUCAAAUGAAGAACAGAUUUAUAGAAGUUCACCACUAUCACAUCCAACAGAAGACUCACAAGGAUCGGACAAAAUCGCGGCUAUAAUUGAUGGAAUGGCUCUACUGCACACUUACAAUAAGCCUAACACAGCAAAAACUUGUCACGAUCUAGGAAUGCACUUAAGCGAGUGGAUUGGUAAAAAAUUCAAUGCCUAUAAUUCAGUGCAUAUUGUGUUUGACACGUAUAAGGACAAUUCAUGCAGAUACAAAAAUCAUACCUCAUGGAGUAUACGUAUCACAACAAGGAUACAGAACAACGCACAUUUAUUCGCCAGAUACAGAUGUUCUGGUUUUAGCCUUAAGGCGAUUUCCUCAAAUGACAUUACAAUUUGGAAUUUUCCUUGGCCAGGGAAUGAAAAGGUUUGUUGACAUAGCCCCUAUCCACAAGUCAUUGGGAUUACUCAAGUCUGCUGCUCUCCCUGGACUUCAUACCUUAUCAGGUUCUGAUGCCACUGGGUCAUUUGCCAAUAAAGGGAAGCUUAAGUGGUGGAAAGCAUUUAAUUCCAUUAACGAUGACCUACUACAGGCCCUAGCAAAGCUUGGUACAACACCCACUCUUCCAGAAGACAUAGAUGAAUGCAAUGAAUCAACUAUAGAAAGUGAUGAGAUUUAUAAUGUAAUUUUAUUUGAUAAACCUUGCUUUAGUAAAAUGCAGUAGACAUAUGUUAGAGAUUUGUGUAAACUUUGAAGUCUACUUAUGUUUCAGAUAAUGUAAUUAAUUUGAAAAAGUUAGUAUUUUUUCUUUAAAAGAAAAAAAAACACUGUGUACUUUUUGGAAAACAAAAUCAUAAAUUAUUCAUUUAAAAGCCAAAUUUCUGUGUUAAUGGUCAGCCGUACACAAAAUACCCUAAGAACAUGUUUUGUGUAUAAUUUAAUACUGAAUAUUUUUUGUAAGAAAUCACUUUGUCAUAAAUAUUGUAUUUUAUGAGCUAAACAUGAAAAACCAAUACCAUGUACGGCCGAGUGGCUGUCAUUUUGUUUUUUGUGUAUAAGAUUAAUCUGCCACUAGUGUCUCCUGUCCACCAUCCAAAUACUGAUUCUCCAUGUUAUAACGAAGAGAUUAUUACCACUCCCAUGCUUGUAUCAUCAAAAAUCCCACGGGACAUAGUUUUUGUACAUUUGCAAGCGCACUAACACCUCAGUUUACGGAUUCACAUUACACUAAAGCUCUGAGUGGCUGGGAAGUAGUUUGGUGGUUGUAAGUAUAGUUUUUGAAGUUGGGUUAUGCGAGAUUUUGUGUUUGUAACCCAGUUGGCAGAGCACAGAAACACACAGUGAGGCGAGGAAAGAAGAGAAAUCUUUGAUAACAGUUCAAUAAAUAAUUUAAUCACAGCCAUAUAAUCAAAAACUUGUUAAAGUGUUCUCAUAUCACAAAAAAAUAUAUCUCUUAAAACAACAAUAAAAAGUCAGUACUGGAACUAAUACUUGAAUUCAUUUUCAAUCAUUGCUUUUGCCAUGCCAGAAAUAAUUUGGUACAUUUCUUUCGAGACAGCUUGCAUUGAUUCUUCCAUGAAGUCAUCACACAACCUAAACAAAUAAAAAAAAAUUAUUACUGUGCCUUUUCAAUAUUGAAACAUUUUAGAAAAUAUCUCAAAAUCUUUUUGAGAAUAACAACAAAAAUGUUUUUGGUAGCACAAAACUGUAACAGUGAAAUACUGAAUGUAGACUUUACAUUUUAACAAUUUUGUUUAUAUUUACAAGAUACCUGUUUUUGGAGGCUAGAAUUUAAUUGAAGUAGGUUCCAACUGUAGGCAAAUAUAUUUAACAAAAACUUUUACAUUAAAAUACAUAUACACCACAUUAAACAAAUGUUAUAGAAAAGGGAUAUGUAAUAUGUGAUCAGUUCAAUUAAUCUUUGAGAAAAUGAUUUUUAGUAUAAAUGGAGCUCUAUAUACAUUUUAUGCACAUAAAAAUAUCAGAUUUUUCCAAAAGAAGCUUGGUUAUCUAGAUACUAUACAUUCUACAUAAUUAAUAAUUGUAUUCUUAUCUAAAUUACAUAGUAAAGUCCAUAAUUUUAAGAAAAGGCAGUAUUUUAGUGAGAAUUUCAACACUUCCGGUUUUCUUUCUAUGGACACCAUGCACUGCCAGCACUACAACACUGGACUAGCGCUUGCUUGCAUUCCAUAAUGUGGUGAGUAGAUAUCUCCCACAACCUUUUGCCUGGUUUCUCACUCUCAAGUUUGAAGCUCUCUUAGGUUUUCAUGCCAGGAUGACUCUGCUAGUGCAGCAUGGAAGUGGAAAAAACAACCAAUCUUGAACCUGAGGACUGGACCCCGCUGGGAACUCAAUCCAGGAUAUUUUUGACAAUCCAACCAUGAGUCCAGUUCACAAGUUUCAUUGGACUUUGCAGAGUUACAAAAAAUAUUAUUUUUUUUAAUUUAUGUGCUCCUAGCACCUGAAGUAACUACAGGGUAAAGUACAGUAUUUAAAAUUUACAGUUACAGAAAUAAAGUGCUUCUUUCCCUGUUUUGCAGCAUCCUUAUUGAUUUUCUACAUUUUCUUGCAGCCUACUCAAGAAAAUUUGUUAUCACGAAAUCAAUCUUCUCUGGACUUGGGUGGAAUGGCAUGAUAACUUUUCAGAUAUGAUCUAUUGAAAACUGAGUAUUAAACAUAUAACAAGUCUACAGAUUAAAUAAACCAGCAGCUAGUAAAGUUGCAAAUUUUCCUUUAAGAUGAAUAAAAAUUUUGUGUUCAAUGUAUGUCUUUUUUUAUCCUCAAUUGUUAUCUUCAUGUUCUCAAAAUUAAUAGAACAGUCCCCUUCGAUAAGAUAAUUUUAAAAAUAAUAGAAAUGUAAUUCUUUAAUUUGUUUUUUAAAGAUAAGAGUGCAGGUUUAAUCAUGUAUAUAUAUUAGUUUGUAGCAUCUCCUUCAACCCAGCACACACAAGGAUGAACUUCACAUUUGCAUGUAUAAUUACCCCCUUAAUGCCAAUCAAAGACUACCUGCUAACUAUAUACAGAAUUAAUUGUCUAAUCUAAGUUGACCAGGAAAAACUAUAAUGAUUGUUAGUAUUGGGUUAAUUACAAAGAUGUAUAAUUCCAAUCUCCAUGUUUAUGAUUUGAUUCUGAUUUCAUAAGAUUCCAUACUCUUUUAGAUAAUGCUGAUCAAGUUCCUAAUUUAUGUUAUUGGAUAUCUAUAAUACCUUUAAUUUUUUACAAAUGUAAUUCAAUGGAUGUUUAUUCAUUUACAACGUCAAAUAAUAAUAAUAAUAAACAGCACAUAAAGACAAGGGCAUUAUAGUUUCAGUUACAGAGACCCCAAAAUAAAAUUAACUUGUGUGUUUCAAUGUUGCUUUGGUUCAAUAGUAAAACGAAAUAUUGUUUUUUACUAAAAAAUACAUUUAACACAAUAAAUGAAAGUAAAUGUUAAAUAAACGUGCUGUAUUUUAUGACAAAAUUCAAUCUAAAGUAACAUGGAAGCUUGCUGUAACAACAAAUGGAAUUGUAAAAUUUUAUUGUAGGAAUACUUGUAGUAAAAUUAUGUUGUAAUGACACACUUGCUAUUUAAAAAUAAUUGCUAAAAAGUAUGACUAAGCAGUGUUUAUUAAGUUAAGUGUAAGAACUUUCACUCACUACCAAUUUUCAAAUUUUAAAACAUUAUGAUAAUUAUGGCAAAUCAAUUGGAUGGAUUCCUUAUUAAACAAACAAGUCUCCUGUUAAAUGUACUUGAAUAUCAGGUUAGUUAGAAAAAGUUCUGAAUAAUUGCAAAAGAUAUUGUUUUAUCAGAUGAAAAUCCUUAUUCAUUGACUGUGAUGGUUACUAGCAAUUUUGAGGUAAUGCUGGUAGGCUAGCUCUACUUGGUAUGGCUGUUACAUGCAAACACACUUGAAGAAAUUUUCUGGGUGCUAAAAAAAAAGUAGUUACUGUCAAUGAUUGAUUACUGAAAUAAAGUCUUUUGGACACAAACUGA